CUGACACCCUGACUGAGUCAUAGUCAUUCACGUUCAUACAAACGUCGUUUAAACUUAUAACCCGUUAUUAAUCAAACGUCAUUAUUUGAAAAAACGAAUUUACCAAGUGUUGUGCGAAAUAAUUUUUUUCAUUAUGCCUUUCCAUUCUAAAAUUCUAGUAGUAGUAGAGCUUGUUCUAAUCAGUUUUUCUGUGUUAGCUCAGUCUCAAGAUCCAUCAGAAGAUGCAGUGCUGCUCAUGACAACUCUUGAACCUAUUGAUGAUGAAGGUUCAGUGAUUCUUGAUAAAGAUGGUAUGCAUCUCCUUGAAGACGAUGAAGAUGACCGUCCCUGCAGCAAUAUUACUCACUGUGGCAUUUGCAAGGCAUUGGGCUGUGAUUGGGUGGACUGUGAGGACUCAAGUAAUUCAAGUAAACCACACUGUGCUCAGAGUACUUCUGUUGAAUGCAAGCCUGUAAAAUGUCACCAGAAUGACACAUGUGAAGAAAUUGAUUCCUGUGAAGCUUGUGCAGCUAAAAACUGUUCCUGGAUAAAUUGUGGGCCAUCUGGAACUCCCUUGUGCUUCUCAGAAGUUGUGGAAACCUGUAUUCUAGCUUCGUGUAACUCCUCUGUGACGACAAUUGCUCCAGACACCAACACUACUACAACUGCUGCACCCACAACCACUUCUGCCCCGACUACCACAGCUCUGCCUACCACUACUGAUAUCCCUGACACAAACACUACAACUACCACAUCUCCCAACUCUAAUGCCACCACUACCAUGAAUCCUGAUAACACCACAACCACUCCAAAUCCAGAAACUACCACAGAAGUGCCUACUGUGCCUACAACCAUUUCACCCACCACGGUGCCGACAACCACUUCUGCCACCACUACUACAGCAGCUCCAGCUCCUGCUUCUGGAGGCUUCAGUGCUGGCAGCUUCUUUGGUGGCAUCACACUGACCCUGGCCCUGCUUGCUGUAGGAUUUGGAGGCUACAAAUUUUACAAGACUCGUUAUGAUGUCAACUACCGCACACUUUGAGCCUUCUAAAGUCCGCGAGAGUUGAUGCAUGGCUAGUGUGUCUGUUGGACAUGUGGCUACUAGGGGCAAGCAGGAGGAUUUUAUAGCUUCCAUUUUAUUUCUUGCUAUUCUUUUUUCCAUCAUAGAUAAGCCACUAAUGUUUACAGUGAGGAGAUAAACUUUUUGAAACCCCGAGAAAUAUGUAUCUGAAAAAGUUUACUGUGUUCCUUUUAUUAAUCUGGAGCAAACGUGUGUAUCAAAUAUUUUGUUUGAUCAUGUCUCUCCCUCUCACGAAUCUCAGUAACUUGUUAAUGUAAAACAUGUCUAUUUGACCUAAAUUAGUUGAAAAAAGUUACAUAGUGGGCACUCCAUCCACAGUGUCAAGUCCACACACACAGUUUGAUUUCAUAUUAGAAUACCAUGACUGCACAGCCCUACUACAACUUGUAGCUAAUUGUGGUCUGAUCAAAUUUAUAUGCAAUUCUGUUUAUAUAAGGAAAUAAAACGGUAGGUAUACAAUGAACUUUGAAACAGGUUAAACUUUCUGUAAAAUACCACGGAAGAAUUUUGUUUCGACUAGUAACUGUCUGAACUACUGAUCAAUUAUUGGUUAUGCGAUUGUUCCAUUGCUUCCAUCAACGUAUAUAUAUUUCAUAAUAGACUUCUGAAGCUACAAGCCUCCUUUCCUAACCAUAAUGCAUAUUACUUACGGUGUCUCAGCCUUAAAUUAAACUUCAGUCCAUAAUCGGCUACUGGUGCGUUUCAUAAUUGCAAUUUGUGCGAAGAGUUCCCAGCAAUGGAAGUCGUUUCAACUAGAGUUGAACUUUGAACUAGUUGAAACGACUUCCAAAGCAUGGUCAAGUGCAGUUACUAAAAAUGUAACUGGUAUCUCCUCCUGUUGGUUUCUGCUUCUUCUCAUUCGUAUAGCACCUUUAUCAUAGAUUCCUAGUUGCACGCUUUAGCUUCUUUUUAUAAAACUGGUGUUUAGCUAUGUCCCACUGUUCAACUUUUAUUCUUUCGGAUAAGGUUGCCUCAUUUUCCUGCUUUAUUCCUGCAAGCUUUACGUGUAGAGUAUUUACAGAUCAGCCGUAAUCUAUAACAGCUACCACUGCAUGGCGAACUGACCGAUGCUCGCACUGAUAUUUUGAUGCUCGCAGCGCCAGCGCUGGUGCGUUCUAACUUCUUGUUGCACGACUCCGGCUUCAUUACGUCUCACCGUUAUUGAAGUGCUAAAGCGCAACUAAAAAUAUUUUUAAAGGUGUGCCUGGAAGCCUCUAUUACUUGCAUUUAUCUCUUUCAUCAAUUGGAUGCUCUCCCAAAUGGAAAGCAAGAAGCUUAGCAUGUUGGUUUUAUUUUGUGAAAACUGAACUCAAAUGAGCAUUCCUGAUCUUAUAUUAGAAUUAGUCUCUGUGACAAAUUUUGCCGAUCGGUAGCAUGGAUGUUAAAUUACAAUAUCUACUCUCUUAACUGCUUGAUUUUAUUUACUUUCAUUUAAAUCAUGGCUGUGAUUGCUACUUCAAUAUACACGCGACUUAACCCAGUCCACGUUAUAUCUAUUGAUAUUAUUCGUGCCUUCAAGAAGCCCGUCCAUCUCUAACGCGUGUAGGGUCGAGAUCAAUUUAAACCUUCCUUGGUUAGAAAAAACUUCAAAUCGAAUUGAGCGUUGGUUUUGCAAUUCCAUGUUGCUUAAGGUAAAGUGCUACUUAACCGUGUGCAAUAUGUCCAACACUAUAUUAUUAAAUCCGUUCUAUGUUGGAAGCUCAUCGCAUACAGUGAACGUGAUUCUUUCUGUGAUCGUUCGCGCGCGCAUAAUAUCACUGUGCUGUGAAGUGUCAUUAUUGAUGUGCCUUUUAUAGUUCGUUCCUAACUAGUUACAAUUUAAUUCUUGUACUCCAGCGAGAUGCUGCUAGUCUUGCAAGACAAUCAGCAGCACCGUUUCUUACAUUUUUUCCAUGUAAACAACCGUUAAUGAUAUAUUCAAGAGCGCAAAUUGCCAGGUCGCAUGGUUUGGUUGUGAAUCGUAAGCUUCAUUGACGAUUAAAUUAUUAUUGUGAGCAAAAAAAAUGUGGCAAGUUUCUAUCUCGACUGUUCAACAUAGCUAUCCGCUCCCAAGUUAGUCAAGAUUAAGAUUUUUCUACAUGCGCAUUGUUGUUGGAUAACUUGAUCGGCACUGACAAGCUUGUGUUGAUCUUGAUUUCUGAACCCUCAUGGAUUUCUAGAAGUCUGUGCGAUUAAUUUCUACCCAAAAAUGAUAGUCACGAGCAAAAAGAAAACUAAAAUGCUGUAGGAAUUUUGAUGGCCAUCUAAAAAUAAUGUUUCGUUAUAAACUGAUAAGGCCAUGAUGAUUUUAGCUGAAACGUAUAAAGCUUAUAAGAAAUGCUUCUAUCACGCUGUUCUAGCUUUUAACUUGGGCGUCAAGGGGCUUGAUAUAUUUACAAAGGAAUUUAUGUUUAACUAAGCAUUAAUUAGCAGGUAACAUCGAUGGUGUUUAUAAUAUCCUAUAUACAUGGAACUAAUCCAUACAAUUUAUCUCGUCUGGCCGUGCUGGAUCUCGUCAAAUGUGCUACUGGCUUAUCUCACCUGGCAGCUUUGUUGUUGUCUGCUCGCAUUAUGCCAAACGAGUCGUCGCGCAGUAAUUGGCUGUCAAUAGUGCUGUUGCUUUGUUAUUAACAUUUACUUUCCCUACAUUUUGUUCUAUAUAGUUUGCACCUCUUUUAUUUUUGUCAGAGUUAAUUCCUUAUUAUUUACGUGACGGCUCUCUGAAGCGGCUUGGUUGGUCAAUUUGUCGUUUGCCUUAACUAUAGGACUUGACCCUAUUUAUAGGAUUUAACCCUAUAAAUGUAUAGGUAGUGGUUAUAUAGUCCUACUGUGUGUAUUAAAAGACAAUGGGAUAGUCUGUUACUACGCUUGUACUAUUUUAGGUUAGUUUUGAACUUUCCAAGACAUAUUUAUUGCUGUUAUUUUUAUUAUUGGUUGUCAUGUUGCAAGAAUCUAAACGAAUCUCCCUUGAUUAAUUUGAAGCAUCAGCGCGCAAAUAUCUGAGGCGUUGUUAUGGUAAAUCAUUUUUUGCAUUAAGAACUGUUGUGAUGAUCUAAACUAAUAUCCUGUAUUCAGUUAAGAGUUUUAUUUUUGUUCAAUGCACUUGUUGUGAGCAGCCGCCAAAGCGUCAGCUUGUGUCUCAUUGCUCAUGUGAACACUGAACAACUGGAAUCUUAUUAAGUUUGCCAUUUAAUAUCUAUUUAAUUAACUGUUACUUGAACGUAUGGUUAGUACAAAUUAGUGCCCAUUGUGCCACUGAGAGAAAAAAUAUUUUUAUAAUUUUUUCCACAUUUUCCUGACGUGGUCGAUCAUAUUCGAGAUUUUAUAAUGCGUUCCAUUUUAUUGUAUUCGGUGAUCAUCAGUCAUUUCUAAUGUUCUAUCUUAUUUCUCCGUUCUGUACGCGAGGAAACUUAUGAAUAUCGAUGUCAUUUCCAACGGAUUUAGCGGUUGUAGAGGAUCCCUGUGACCGGCACCACGCAUUUUUUAUGUGUACGCAAGCUCUUCUGUUUGUGACUACGAUUGAAUUUAGUAUCAUUUCUCGCAAAAAAAAAUCUGUACGUUCUAUCCUUAUUUGUGUUUUCAAUUUCAACUUUGAUUUUUUGCGCGUUACGGAGGUCUACAAAUUCUCCAUUGCUGUCGAGAUUAUUAUUUUUUUUUGUCCAUGGCUGCGGCCAUGUUUUUGUGUUAAUCUUUACCUAUUUUAUGUUCUAUAAAGCGAAUUUUAUGUUGAUGCAUUGCUACUUAUCGAUAUCGGUCGUUUCACCGUAUUUCAAGAUUAUUCGUUUUAUUCUUUAUCAAGUUGAAAAAUUUUUCAACCCACUAAUUUGACAAUGACCAAAAAACAUUAAAUCCCUGCAAUAUUGUGAAUGUAUUAGCCAAUUAACUUCAUCUUCACAUGCAGGAUUUGGCAAUUGUACGCGAAAAGCCUGACUGUACUGCACUUGAUUUAACUGAUGACUGCCUCAUCGACGGGAGCAGUAGAGCUAAGUCUCAAUUGUUAGAUUAUUUUAUGUCUUUGAUAAAUGAAAACGGAUUGUUCUUUAAUUUCGUUUGGUUGCAUUACUUUAGUACUCGUUAUAUAAACAUCGUUAUUUUUAGCACUAAAGACCUGAAAUCACACCUGCCAUUAGGAGGUGUGAAAUCCUUAUUUAGGCACAACUGACAAGCACCUUGAAAUUUUCUAUGAACUUUCUUGCCCAGCUUAGUAGAUUUUGCUGCUUCCGCAUUUAUAAAAUGUAAGGUAUACAUGCAGAUGCAGGAUUUUCCUUUUAUUGUAAUAGUGCUGCAAGUGAUUACUGCACGAAAUAAAGUGUUGAACAA